AUGAGCAGAAUCAUCACCUGGUACGGUCUCCGCUACGCUGCACCCCCUACAGGCGUCAAGAGAUGGCGAGCACCAAAUCCAAUCGCCCAAUAUGGAGGCUACAGGUCCUCUUGCCAUACUCGAUGCCUCGUCUCAAGGUCCAACUUGUUCCCGACUUGGCUGCUGCCAAUAAGCACAUCUAUUGGCGGACAAGAAGACGGCCUCACUGUCGAUGUUCUGGUACCUGACAAGCCAGCCGCAUCUAAGUUGCCGGUCUUUGUCGAAAUACACAGGGGCGGCUACACUACCGGUAGCGCUCCGACAACGCCUGGGUAUGCAAUGGUGAAUCAAUCAAAAGGUAACCUGAUCUUUGUGCAAGUUCAGUAUCGCCUAGGAGCAUUUGGCUUUCUGAACAGCCCGGAAGUCCGACAAGAUGGCACGGCAAAUGCUGGCCUUCUGGACCAACGUCUCGCCAUGGAUUGGGCUCAGAAGUAUAUUGCGAACUUUGGCGGUGAUCCUCAGAGAGUCACUGUGCAUGGUGGAAGUGCUGGUGGAGGCUCUGUCACGAAUCAAAUCAUCUUAGAUAGCGGUGCAUCGAGGCCUCCCUUCAGAUAUGUUAUUGCUGAGUACCCCUGGUGGCAACCCUUUCACAAUGAAACGAUCAUCAGCAUACAAUACAACGAUCUGCUGGCGCACAGUGGAUGUACCAACUGGUCGUGCCUCCGCCAGUUGCCGAGCGACAAGCUCGCCAACGCCGCGCAAAUGACCUAUAUGACAGAUUACAAUGGCCGCCCUCCCGUACAUGGACAAGUCUACGGCUACGGCGACUUCUACUACGGCCCGUCCGUCGACGGAGAGAUCAUUCAAGGCCGUCCAUCGGUCGAGUUAGCAGCAGGCCGCUUCAGCAAAGUUCCACUGCUCACCAAUCGCGAGACGUACGAAGGAGAUCUUUUCACCAACCCGGCCAUAAUCACAACCUCGCAAUCAAUGUCCGACCUCGAGACCCUGUGGCAGCAAGCCACACCUCACUUCUUCUCGCGCCUCUUCAGCUAA